AUGGCUUCAACAGGCAUCGAAGCCCUUCGCGACCAACAUGACAAGGCCGUGACCGAAACCAUUGAAACCGAAACCGCUCCCGAGAAAGAAUGGGGCGUCAUCAUCCAAGGAGCCAAGGAAGCGACCGACCUCGAACACUCCCAAGGCAUUCUCGAGGCCGUUCGUCUCCAGUGGAAAGGCGUCGCCUGGGCCUCGCUUCUCUCCCUUACCAUUGUGCUCUACGGAUACGACAAUGCCCUCAUCAAUAACUUUUACGGCUACCCGGCCUUCCAAAAGGCAUACGGGGUACCUCACGGAGACGGCUACCAGAUCGCUGCAAAGUGGCAAACUGGCCUUUCACAAGCCAGUAUCGUGGGCAUCAUCCUCGGCGCUACAUUCAACGGCUUCCUCUCGUCCAGGUUCGGCUACAAGAAAGUCAUGCUGGUCGGCCUUGUCCUGAUGACGGGCUUUGUUGCCAUCCCAUUCAGCGCACGUAACGUCGAAACGCUGCUUGUCGGCGAAAUCUUUUGCGGAAUGGUCUGGGGCGCGUUCGCGUCCAUCGGACCGGCGUACAGCUCUGAGUGUCUUCCUAUUUCACUGAGAGGCUUCCUGACCAGCGGUGUCAACAUUAUGCAAAUCAUCGGCCAGCUCGUCGCAAUCGGCGUGCUUGAUGGCUUGGUCGGGCUGGACUCUCAGUGGUCCUACAAGAUCCCGUUCGCCAUACAAUGGGUCUGGCCUGUGCCACUCUUCAUAGGGUGCCUAUUCGCGCCCGAAUCUCCGUGGUAUCUCGUCCGCAAGGGUCGACUUCAGGAGGCAGAACACAGCCUCCGUCGCCUCAGUUCGAAGAGUGACACCAAGAUCAAGGAGCAUCUCGCCAUGAUCAUUCAUACCGUCAACUACGAGGAAGAGGUACGGACAGGCUCAUCGUAUAUCGACCUGUUUCGAGGUAGCAACCUGCGCCGGACGGAAAUCUGCUGCUUGUCAUUCGCCGGUCAAGUGUUCAACGGCCUCUUCAUGAUGAAUCCUGGAACGUACUUUUGGGAGCAAGCAGGCCUCUCUGCCAAGAAUAGCUACAAAGUCUCCGUGGCUGCUACUGCUAUUGGACUGCUCGCAACCUGCAUUGGCUGCGUUCUUAUCGCUCAUCUAGGCCGUCGCAGCCUCUAUCUCUGGGGCAUGGUCUUUAUGACUGUUGUCAACGUCCUCAUUGGCAUUCUGGCAACAGUUCAUGCAAAUGAAGGCACCAAAUGGGGACAAGUCGCCCUUACCAUCCUCUGGGUAUUCUGCUACGAUAUCUCGGUAGGGCCAGCAGCAUAUGCAACAUCUAGCGAGGUCUCUGCCGUCAGUCUACGGGUACAGAGUGUCGCUGCAGCAAAGAUUGCACACCAGAUCUUUGACAUUAUCGCUGCUGUGCUCGAACCGUAUAUGAUCAACCCCACGGCUUGGGGUUGGGCUGGAAAGACGGCCUACUUCUGGGGCGGAACCUCGGUGCUUGUGACAGUAUGGGCAUUCUUCCGAUAUCCUGAAACGUUCAAGAGAUCGUAUGAAGAGCUUGACAUACUGUUUGAAAGGGGCAUUCCUGCGCGCAAGUUUCGCAAGUAUGAUGUUGACGCUUAUGACCUUAAUGGCCAGCAAGUUCAGGAGAAGUCUGGUUAA